AUGCCACUUCCCAGGGAAAAAAAGGCCGUGACGGGUUCGGCCCUGCCGUUCAAUGGUGACCCCCACGGUGGCAUCACCAGUUCACCAGCAUCCAAGACACUCAUCACCCCAGUCAGAGCCUCACCCGCCAACCUGGUGACAUGCUGCGUCAGGACUCUGGACUCUGGGCUCUGGGCUCUGGGCUCUGGGCUCUGGACUCUGGACUCUCUGGAGCACCAGAGCGGCCCUCAUCUUAGCCUCGGCGAGUGGCUGCGUAGUUACAAGCAGCAUCCCACCAACCAUCAUGGCUGA